AUGCCUCCGACAACGAAAACAGCCAGACAAGAGGCGGAAGAAGAAGAGCCCUCAUACCCACCAUUCAUGUUUACAUCUUCAGAAGAAAAGACGCUCUACAAACGGAUGAAAGAUGCGUUCAUGGCAAAUUACAAGACCUGGGAUGAUGAGGCCUGUGAAGCUUGGCCACAUCUCGUCGAACAUGCUUCACUGGCGCCGUCAACAAUUGGCAAAAUCACAAAUCAUUGGAUCACCAGAAACAUGACCAGUACCAAAGUGACGUGGGCACAUUAUGUUGCUCUCCGCAUUAUCUACAAGGGGCUUCUCUUCAAGAGCAAAAAAAUGAUGAGGCUCAUUCGAAUGAAAUACCCGAGAGCCAACUUUAGCUCGUAUGCUUACAAUGAGGACUAUACUAUGCCAUUCAAGGCUGAAAAAGAGCAGACCAGGCCACAAAAGACUGAACAAGAGAAGAAUCCAAGCAUAGCUCCCGCCUCUCAAGAUGAACUGAGUGAUCCCCUAUUGGGCAAACGGAAGCGAACACUGCCCGAGGAUACAGGCGGCAAAAGCAAUGCCGAGCACAGGAAUGCUCCCAAGCCUGUCAUACAGAAACAGGAUAAGCCACACGCCGCAAGGCACGAAGCUCACGAUCCACCAGCCGUUCCAAAUAACGAAUUGCCAGAUAUUUUGGAGAUACCGGCGGGAAGCUCCAAUAGAAGAAUGAGCCACCAGGAUAUGGAUCGGGACCGGUUUAUGGAGGCAUUAGAGACCCACGCAAGGAUUGUAACUGAGAACACCAGAGCCUUAGAACGAAAUACAAAGGCUGUGGAAAGAAACUCGGAGCUAUUUGCGAGAUUGACGGAGCAACUGUUGACUCCCGCCGCAAGAGACGAAGAUGAGUGGGCAUUUAUGCGGAAUACAAAGAGGUAG